AGUAACAAAACAACACCACAAUGGCCAACCCUUUCGCUGUUUUCCUUAUGACAUUCUUCUUUUCCCUCUCGCUAUUCACCAGCGUCAAAUCAGACUCAUUCGCUUUCAACUUACCCAGUUUUGAGGCAGAUUCUGAAAACGUAAUAGUUGCUGCUGAUGCCAACAUAACAAGUGGAGCUUUACGACUCACCAAAACGGACCUAUACGGCAACCCAACUCACCACAGCGUUGGCCUCUCAGCGUUCUUUGGUACAGUUCAUCUCUCCGACAGAAAAACUGGGAGAGUCGCAAACUUCCACACCGAGUUCUCCUUUGUGGUGAACACAAAGCGUAAAUCACUCCACGGCGAUGGCUUCACCUUCUUCAUCGCAUCAAACGAUUUUCGUUUCGCACACAACUCAAGUGGAGGGUUCCUCGGACUUUUCAACAAGGAAACAGCGUUCAACACCUCCUUAAACCAAGUCGUUGCGGUUGAGUUUGAUAGCUUCGCGAAUGAAUGGGACCCUAACUUCCCAGAGUCUGAUUCUCCUCACAUAGGAAUUGACAUCAACUCCAUUAGGUCAGUGGCAACUGCACCAUGGCAACUUGAUGUUCAACCAACAGGAACAAUAGGAAAGGCACACAUAAGCUAUCUAUCUUCCACCAAAAUAUUGAGCGUCACCGUGGCUUAUCCAACUAGCCCUGUGAAUUCAAAUGUCACUGUUUUAUCGUACCCCGUUAACUUCGGGAGUGUUCUGUCAGAAUGGGUCCUUGUUGGUUUCUCUGGUACCACCGGUGACUUGGUUGAAACGCAUGACAUUCUUUCGUGGUCUUUCAGUUCCUUCUUGUAGAACUGCACAGUGGGAGAAGAUUGAAAUGAGAUAAAGUGCUUCUUGAGAGAAUGAUCAAUGGUCUUUUCUGGUUUGAUGGAUGUUGUUAAUUAGUUGUUACUGUUGUGAUGUUUCUG